AUGGACUGUCCAUUAUUGAUGGGAAGACAUGUAUGUAUUUUGGGCGAUUGCCAACGGCUUCACAACGUACGGGAGGAAAUGUCGCAUGCUGGGCGUCCGAAUGAGACUUUUGCGAGUUUGUUAGCAGUUGUGAUGGUAGUGAUCAGUGUCCGUCCGUUGGACUUUCAUGCUGUUGCUGCUGCCAAAGUCCCUUUACAUUUGGUGUUCAAGGAAUUUCAUGAAGAUAGUUUAUUUUUUGAAUGUUUAGAAAUGCGUGUAUUUCCAAAAAGUUGGUUGUUAGACGGCUCGUUGGUUUAUGCCAACCUAAACUAA